GAGGCCGGCCGCGAACUGACAAUAAUACGACGAAACGAACUCACGAAGCGAUGAGUCGACUUCUAUAACGGCGACUCGAACUGGAAGUUCGACGAGUCAAACUCGGAAAAUAACGACUCGACCAGAAGUAAAGGACUGCGGAAACGACGAAUCGAACAUUUUGUCCAGGAUCUACUACCUUCUUACAUUUGGUAACCAAUCAUACGAAAUUACGUCAGAGGACUCUCUCGGACUCGACUUCCGUUGGGUCACUCGAGAGUGAAGACGUCUUUAGUUUGUUAGCUGAUGCAAUGUUGUAGGGAAAAUGUCUCAUCAAGAGUUGAAACGAUCAAGUUCUGUCGGUGAUAAACGGCAAUGGGUUCGGCCCGAUUUACCUUCGAAAUGUACUUGGCACUUGGGAGUGAAAACUGAAUCUCCACAUCAACACGAAAAGACCGCGGUGACAGAGAACAAAGUAAUUCCAAAUAUUCUUCAUCGCAUUGGAAAUACCCCGCUAGUUCGAAUAAACAAGAUUGGAAAAAGCUGUGGCUUGAAAUGUGAAUUGUUGGCAAAGUGUGAGUAUUUCAACGCAGGAGGUUCAGUGAAGGACAGGAUAGGCCUUAGAAUGAUUGAAGAUGCUGAGCGCCAAGGAAAACUCAAACCUGGAGACACUCUCAUUGAACCCACAUCGGGAAAUACUGGAAUUGGCCUUGCUUUAGCAGCAGCAGUGAAAGGUUAUCGCUGCAUUAUAGUGAUGCCUGAAAAGAUGAGUAACGAAAAGGUAGAUGUCCUUCGGGCCCUAGGUGCAGAAAUAGUGCGUACACCAACAGAAGCCAAGUUUGACUCACCAGAAUCACACAUUGGUGUUGCUCAACGACUUAACUGUGAGAUUCCAAAUUCCAUCAUCUUGGAUCAGUAUCGAAAUGCAAGCAACCCUUUGGCUCAUUAUGAUGGAACAGGUGAAGAAAUAGUCCAGCAGUGUGGUGGUAAGGUUGACAUGGUGGUACUUGGAGCUGGUACUGGAGGUACAAUCACAGGAGUAGCAAGAAAAAUAAAAGAAAAAUGCCCUAACGUUAAGAUUGUUGGUGUUGAUCCACAUGGAUCAAUCUUAGCUGAACCAGAAGAACUUAAUGACUGUGAUGACCCAAUAUAUAAUGUUGAAGGUAUUGGGUAUGACUUUGUUCCUACUGUUCUGGACCGUUCAGUUGUUGACAAGUGGUACAAAGUUGGAGACAAAGAAGCAUUCACUUUUGCAAGGAGACUCAUAAAAGAAGAGGGAUUGCUGUGUGGAGGUUCUUGUGGAAGUGCAAUGGCAGCUGCAGUGCAGGCAGCCCAGACUCUGCAGGAGGGACAGAAGUGUGUUGUCCUUUUACCUGACUCUGUCAGGAACUACAUGACAAAAUUCUUAAGUGAUGACUGGAUGGAAGACAAAGGAUUUCUUGAAAAAGAGAGGAAUGAAGACCACAGUAAAUUUUGGUGGUGGACAAAGAAAAUUUCCUGUAUCGACCUUCCAACUCCUUUGACUGUUUUGCCAACUGUCACCUGUCAACAGUCCAUUGACAUAAUGGACAGAGAAGGUUUUGAUCAACUUCCAGUUGUCAACGAAUCGGGGUCCGUGAUGGGAAUGGUAACCCUUGGUAACAUAAUGUCCCAGAUGCUUAGUGGACGAAUCACACCUGAAAGCCCCAUUAUCCACUCUGUUUACAAAAACUUUAAAAAGGUUAAACUAGACACUACCCUGGGCCGUUUGUCCCGCAUCUUGGAUCAUGAUCACUAUGCCGUCGUAGUUCACAGGCAACGACUCUAUUCCAACAAAGGAAAACCGGAUGAAAAAGAGAUGAUAUUUGGAAUUGUGACACGCAUUGACUUGUUGAACUUCAUUACUCUAAAUCAAAAUAAGAAUGGAGUGAAAAACGGCGAGUUACAUUAAUUUGGAAGUGGAAGCAUAGAAGAAGAAAAAAGUCUCUGAUUGUUAUUGUUAAUAGUAGUGAUAUUGUAUGUGUGAGAUCUCUUUUCUCCCUUCUCGUAGAAGAUUACUUUAAAAAAAAGGAUCAAGAACUAGACUACAAUUUAAGUACUCCUGCUUAACAUAUCUAUAUAUCAAAUCGUUCUGUUUGGAAGGAGUUUAACAUAACUCAGUGUAAGGAGCUAUAUAAUGUAAAAUUUCCGCACAAAAAGACAUACAUAUGAUAGCGAAAUAAGGGCGUAAUCGGUGAAGUCUAAUUUGCUCUAAGUUGAGUAUUUUGGUCGUUUGUCGCCCAGUUGAAUUUUUCCUGAUGUGACAUGUUCUUUAACUCAAAGGUCAGUGUUUUGUUAAAACGAAAACUAUGACGUUAGGCGUCUCAAAAAGUUUACCUUAAUGAUUUCUAAAAUCUUUAUAAAGUUCACACUAACAGCCCGAAAACUAUUUAAAAUCGAAGUGUCAGUUGACUAUUUGAAAGGCGUAUUUGUAGGUUUAGUAAUAUAGUUCAGUCGUUUGUAAAUUAGUCUGAACCAAGAUUUAAAGUUGCUUUAAUUCAACGUAGAGCAAUAGCUUUUGAACACAGAGCGAACGUAUUUGUUCCUAUGUAAUAAAGUUAACAUAUUUAUUGUUUGUGAGGGCACACUAAAUUUAUAUUUCAAGCCGUGAAUACAGUGUCCACUUGUAAUGUUA